AUGCCUCACGCCCACCAUGCCAAUUUACAUCACCCGAAUCAGCGGGAGGUCGUGCCGGUUCAUCGGCUGCCGCUGCUGAUGUCGAGUAGUGAUUCGACUUCGCCGGCCUUGUUCGCAAGAGCUCCGCAACCUUCAUCAACGUCUGAUUGUGCCAAAGGAAGCAACUGUACGAAGCCCGAGAGCGAACUGACCACAACAGUCCUGCCGGUUGUACUCGGUGCAGGUGUGCCCCUUUUAUGUGCCGCCAUCGUCCUGUACUUACUUCACCGAAGAUCGGUCAGGAAAUUGAAGCGUGAGGAUAUCAAUGACAAGUAUAAGUCGCUUGACUUUGGGCUAGAUCCAGUGGCGUCGUCGCAAGGAAGGAGAAGGCCAGGACCUCAGGGACCAAUGCCCCCCAUGGCCCACAGCAAGGGAUUAUCGUUGGAUAUCAUGCACCCGUAUCUGCUGCCCCCGGGGAUACAUGGCUCUACAGAUUCACUUCAUUCGCUGUCCCGGACAGUGACCGGAGAUGACGAUAAAUACCGCCCGGCUACGAUCUUCACGCAAGACAAUGGCUCCGUCCGCUCAUUCCCUCGGACGCCUCGAGAUGAUGGAUCCAGCAUGAUGGGUUCCACCCAUCGACUGCCGGUCGAGGAGCCCAAAUCGGCUCUGUUGCGGAAUGCCCAGCGAAUGUCGCGCUCGUCCCCCCCUCUCUACAACAAUCCCUCCGCCGAACCCAGGUCAGGCGGCUCUCCGCCUCGCCCUGAGUAUCACGAACCAACCCCGGGAGUAGCUCCGUACCCCCUGGACCAUGAUGAACUCAAUCUGGCCAUCGGUUCUACUGCUGCUGCCACGGCCUAUGAAGAGGAGAAGGAAAGCAAGAGCCACGACCACGCCGAGGAACUCCAUCUUCCCCCUCUCCCCACCCCGACCAUCCAUGUUGAGACCGAGGCCGAGCUGCACGGAGCGGAGAGCAACAGUACUCUUCAUGAGGAGCGGCUCAACUUCCCUCUUCCUGAGCCAGUUCCCUCUCCGCGUGACUCGGAACUUUCCGAGCAUGUUCAAGCUUCCACGACGCAAUUGCCCCGGAUCUCCUUGCCUUCAAGCGAUGUGACCAGUGACUACGGAGAUGAUCACCGACAGUCUGAAUUCACGAUUCCUGCGGUGAACAUCUCUGAUGUAGAAGAAAAGCACCACGAUGCGACUCCUCUGCCCGAGGUGCCAGAAGAGUCAGCGCAAAGCCUGGAUCUGGACCUGGCCUACGACAACCGUCGUGACACCCGCCGUUUGACCAUGGGCCUGCGCCCGCUGCCGCCGGAUGAUCCGUCUGAGAACCCGGAGCAGCGUGCCAACCGAAUCCGAUCCUUUUACAAGGAGUACUUUGACGACUCCAAGGCCGGCGGCCGGGAGACUCAAUACUACGAGGACUACGAUGAGGAAUACUGGGAGGGCGACGGGUUUGUCUACGACCCGGUCACCGGUGAGUACUUUGAUGCCGCACACCCCUAUGGCUCCGGAGGUGGCCGUCAUAUGGCGAGCAGCUCCGUCGGCUUUGGUGGGUACGCUCCUGGCCCGCGUGCGUUCUCGUCGGCCUCGGGACGUCUCCCGGGUGCUCGUGGACCCCCUCGCAAGCCGAUGCCCAUUCCCUCCCCGCUGCAAAAUCUGCCCACUCCUCAUGCGCUGAAGGACGAUGCGUUCAUGCAUGGAAUUGAGUUUGCCCCGGGCAAGAACUUCCGGGACCAACGUGAGGGACGUCCAGAGACUCCUACGGGAGGACUUCGACCCUUCAGUCCGGCAAUUCGUGCCCACACUCCGCUGGCCUCUCCAUUUGAAGAGCUUGCUCCCAUGCCCAGCCCACACGCACUGCGCAAGUCCGGCACGUACACCAACCUGGACUUCGCGCCUCCACCGCGGUUCAAGAACCAGGACACGGGAAGCGACGCCGGCAGCAUCCGCAGCGCCCGGACGGGCAUAUCGACGGCGCACAUGAACAACAUCCGCAUGGGGGCCUACCGCGUCAGUCGGCUGCCACCCGAGGUGGUGGGCACCAGGGACGACCUGAUGACGAGCCUGAAACCGACGUGGGACAUGUCCAGGUAG